AUGAGCUGCAAAUCAGAGUUCCAGUGGAGCCUGAUGGAGAGGGUAUGGAAUGUACUGUCCACAACGGGAAGGGGAUGCGACUUUAAGAGGAUUUCCAUGCCAGGAAGGAGAUUUGAGGCUAGGCUUUCCAUGAUAUCAAAGGAAGUUGGUUCAACACAAGUCACAGAGCUCGAGUUAGUGGGAGCAGGACUGCUUGAUCGAGGAGGAGAGGGGAUGGGGGAUGAAGGCACAAAUUCCAUUGUCGUCUCAGCGACACAACAGUCGAUACAGCAGUCUGCAGACUUUGAAAGACUUCGCAGUUUCCUCAGCCAGUCAAUCCAAUUGCAACACCUGAGGGCAAAAUCAGCAAUGUUAUGCCCUAACUGCAACUUGGGAGACUUUCCAUCUACCGAGGCACUGAUUCGGCAUCUCAAUUCUGAGUCUACUUGUUGGCCAUCUGAAGCACAACCACAAGCAGUACCCGUCCCUCCUGUAUUCCGUCGAUGUGGAAGUGACCAAAUACCUGCAACUGGUACUUGCCAUCUGCAUGCUGGAUAUGUCUUCGGCAUCGGUAGAAAUAUGCUUGAUAGGCUGGAUGAUGAUCCAUAUGCAUAUCGGCGGAAAAUAAACCACUAUUACCCUUUCCAUGAUGAAGGUGAAUGGGAGUUGGGAAAGUUCUUGGUUGAAAACCUCACCCAGACUCAAAUGACUAAAUUUUUGAAGCUGAAAUGGUUUAACACUCAUGCAAGGCCGUCUUUCAAUAUGAAGGACCAGCUAUUAGACUGGAUGGACUCACUCCCAUGUUUCACGGAGUGGAAAGUCUCCAAAAUGGAAUUUUCAGGUUACAAGACAGUCCAUCCCAUUGAACUUAUUUGGUGCGAUGCACUAGAGGUUGUCAAACAACUCUUUAGUGAUCCCAUCUUCACAAAUCAUAUGACAUAUACUCCGCACAUUGUCAAUGUUGGAAAUAAGCGUGAAUACGGAGAUUACAUGAGCGCUGAUAUGGCAUGGAGAAUCCAGGACCAUCUCCCUGUGGGUGUGACUCAAGUGCCAAUCAUACUGGGAUCUGAUAAAACUCAUGUAACGCGAAUCACCGGAGGACUUGAAAUGCACCCAGUCUUCAUAACUAUCAGCAACAUUGAUUCGGAAGUUCGCUCCAAGGCAACCUUACGAGCUUGGCGAUGUAUUGCCUACAUGCCAAUCACAAAGUUCCGCAUGCACUCAGACUAUCAAAGCAUUCUCCAGGCAUGGCUAUGGCAUAAAUGCAUGGACCUUGUGCUUGCUAACCUCAAGGCCGCGGCAUUGGAUGGGUGUUUCAUGCCUGACUCCUCCCGAUACAUUCAUUAUGUGUUUACACCACUCAUAGCUCAUAUAUGUGACCUGCCAGAGGCUUCUAUGAUCGCUACAGUCACAAAAAAUGCAUCCCCUGUGACUAUGGCAGUGCAAGAGGAUUUUGGCAAUGGGACACUCCACCCCCCUCGUACUGGGGAACAUACAUUGCGACAGCUUAUCGAAAUAUUCCGCAAGGUUGAUCCUUGGGAUCUUGAUAAGUUCCAGAAACCAGCCAAGGCUGUCAACCUGUCUGGUGUUCACAUGCCAUACUGGCACAAUUGGAUCUACACAUGUCCGUCCAUCUUCCUCACUGGUGAAAUUCUGCAUACCUGCUUUAAAUUUUUCGCUGACCAUCCACUCAAAUGGGUCAAAGAGGCUGUAGGAGCUUAUGAGUUUGAUAACUGCUUCAUUGUCCAGCACAAACGAGUUGGUACAUGCCACUUCACAAAAGGUAUCACGCAGGUCAAGCAAAUGACGGGCCAAUUCAUUUACCUCGCACAGAAUCCAGUUCAUUCAUCUGAAAUGCUUCAGUCAAUGGAGCAGGCUCUUUCCGACUUCCACUUUUUCAAGGGCACUAUUAUCGAGGCCAAAGCAAGGAAGGGGAAGGGGGGCGUCAAAGACAAAUUUUUCAUCCCCAAACUCAAACUACUACAAAGCUUCAAGGCUGAUACGACGGAGCGCUUGCUCAUCACCCACUGCAAGGAUCUUUUCCAACGGACGGCCCAGCAGGGCAAAGAUUUUACAGAGCAGUGCGUGCAGAUUCUUAACUGCCAAGAAGCAAUGGAGAUAUUCAACCUGUAUGCACUGUUGACUUCCCGUGGGGCACCAUUGGUCAAUGCCAUGCACACCAAAGAGGAUGAGGUUGCAACUACUAACCCCAUGCUCUCGUGGAUUUCCCGAGUUCUCCCUGAUGAAGUCAAGUCGGUUCAUGGUCCCCGACCAGUCCGCAAUUAUUUCCUCAAAGGCAUCCUCUCUGGAGACGCGCAGACUGCUUUCCAAGUGAAUGUCACUCCAGACUACAGUGGCGAACAUACCCGCUGGGACCCCAAAUAUGGGCGUUAUCAGGCAUGGAACAAGUUUCAGCUCCAACUUCACUCAGCCUUCCAGCAAUGUGUCGUCAUGCCAAGCAGGGUGGUUCAAGUAUACCCGCCAAGCAACGAUUUCCCCCUUGGCAACUGUGACACUGUUCUCAUUGACACCAUGGGCAUUAAUGGCAAAAUGAGUUCCAACCUGGAAUUGCCAUCAUAUCUCUCCAACCCACUUCUCUAUGUCCAAUUCUUCUGCUUCAUCUCCAGCCCUGACGAUUGUCCUGAACUCACUAUGUGGACUAUGGAGCAUGCAUACACGCAGGAUCAAGAUGGUAACAGGUAUAGGGAGGGGGCUGUCAUACAAGUGACAGAUGUAACGCAUGCGGUUGAAUUGAUACCAGUUUAUGGUGAGGCAGUGGCUGAUGGCGUGUCCUCUGCAACUUGCUUAGAACACUACGAACGUUUCUUUUUGAAUAGCUUCACAGACAAGGAGAGUUAUCACACAUUUAGUACCGAUUUUGGAUAG